UAAGAGGCACGGGCUUUCAGAGGAGCUAAACGACACAGUUAACUUGGACAGCGGGACGGUGGAAGCAUGAGGGUCGCAGUGGCAAUAUUUUCCGUUUUUGCAUCGGUAGCUGUCAUCAUCGACGCUACUGUAUACUUCAAGGAACAAUUUCAGGAUGGAGAUGCAUGGAAGAGCCGGUGGCUUGUAUCAAAGCACAAGACUGACUAUGGAGAGUGGCAACUGACUGCUGGGAAGUUUUAUGGCGAUGCUGAGGCCGAUAAAGGCCUCCAGACCAGCCAGGAUGCCCGUUUCUAUGCUAUGUCCAGCCGGUUUGAACCCUUCAGCAACGAGGGCAAGCCCCUGGUGGUCCAGUUCACUGUCAAACACGAGCAGAAGAUCGACUGUGGCGGCGGAUAUGUCAAAAUCUUCCCAGCAGACCUAGACCAGGCAGCUAUGCACGGAGACUCGCAGUACUACAUCAUGUUUGGGCCAGACAUCUGUGGCUACAGCACCAAGAAGGUUCACGUCAUCUUUAACUAUAAAGGCAAGAACCACCUCAUCAAGAAAGAAAUCAAAUGCAAGGAUGACGAGCUGACACACCUGUACACUCUGAUCCUGAACCCGGACCAGACAUACGAGGUGAAGAUCAACAAUGAGAAGGUGGAGUCAGGCACUUUGGAGGAGGACUGGGACAUUCUGCCCGCAAAGACCAUCAAGGACCCUGAGGCCAAGAAGCCAGAGGACUGGGAUGACAGGCCCAAGAUUGACGAUCCUACAGACACCAAGCCAGAGGGCUGGGAGAAGCCUGAGAACAUCCCUGACCCUGAUGCUAAGAAGCCUGAUGACUGGGAUGUGGAAAUGGAUGGAGAGUGGGAGCCUCCUGUGAUCCCCAACCCGGAGUAUCAGGGAGAGUGGAAUCCAAAGCAGAUUGACAACCCCGACUACAAAGGUACCUGGGUGCAUCCUGAGAUUGAUAACCCUGAUUACACAGCCGACACCUCAAUCUACAAGUUUGACAACAUUGGAGUGCUGGGUCUGGACCUGUGGCAGGUGAAGUCUGGCACCAUCUUUGACAACUUCCUGAUUGGUGAUGAUGUAAAGGAGGCGGAGGAGUUUGGAAAUGAAACCUGGGGAACUACAAAGGAACCAGAAAAGAAAAUGAAAGAUUCACAGGAGGAGGAGGAGAGGAAAGCGAGAGAAGAUGAGGAGAAGAGCAAGAAGGAGACUGCUGACGAUGAGGGAGAUGAUGAUGAUGAUGAGGAGGAUGAGUCAAAGGAAGAGGACAGCCCAACGGAAGAAGGGGAAGAGGAAACUCCCAAGAAGGACAAGGACGAGUUGUAAAUUAAACUGAACAGAAGAUGUUUCUGUCCCGCCCUAUCUUCUCUCCAAUGGACUGACUGCUGUGCAUCAUCACAUUGAGUAAUACCCUAUGGACUUGCCCUUCCUGUGGCAACCUAUUUUUCAGGUGUAGGGGUGGGAAAGGGGCAGGCAAUGUUUGCCUUAGAGGUUCCAUUUUUCUUAAACAUUUUUUUUUUAAAUAGGUGUUUAGGGUUGAAUAACUGGGUGUAAGUUUUAUGUUUCUGUGAGUGAUUUAAUUUAGGAUAAUUUCCCCCUUUGUU